AUGAAGGAGCUUGAAGAGAUCCGCAAAUGUGGAAUGAAAAACUUCCGUAACAUCCAGGUUGAUGAAGCUAAUUUAUUGACUUGGCAAGGGCUUAUUGUUCCUGACAACCCUCCACAUGAUAAGGGGGCCUUCAGAAUCGAAAUCAACUUUCCAGCAGAGUUUCCAUUUGAACCACCCAAGAUCAUAUUUAAAACAAAGAUCUACCACCCUGAUAUCGAUGAGAAGGGGCAGGUCGGUCUGCCAGCAGUUAGUGCUGAAAACUGGAAGCCAGCCACCAAGACUGACCAACUGAUCCAGUCCCUCGUAGCACUGGUGAACGACCCCCAGCCCGAGCACCCACUCCGGGCUGACCUAGCUGAAGAAUACUCUAAGGACCGUAAAAAAAAAUUCUGUAAGAAUGCUGAUGAGUUUACAAAGAAAUAUGGAGGAAAGCGACCUGUGAACUAA